AUGUUUCUAGUCCCGAGUAGUAUCUUCCACGUCGCUCUGCUUGGGGCGUUCAUUCGCUUAUCUGUGGGCCACAGUUGGAUGUUCUAUCUAGAAGGUGACAUUGAGGACGGUUAUCCCAGGAUGGGAAUUUCUGGGCCCGACGACGACUACUUCACGCGUUACAUAUGCCCUCUGAAGACCCUCAAGGAGUGCUUCCUCGAACCCAAGCAUGAAAUACUGCUGGACCAGAGCAGUCUACGUCCUUGCAGGACUAGCGGCUCUCCAGGCGCUCCGAAUGUUGAGGAAAUCGCUGCUGUGACCGCCGGUAAAAAGUUGCGUAUUGAGUGGCGUAAUAAUGGCCAUGCACAUAACGGCGAGUCCGAGGGUAGCUGUGUGUCGAUUCGCAUCACUCCGUACAAGGCCGAUCCUGAUUGGGCUGACUUUGAAGUCGUGGAGACCUGCAUGCCCUACUAUCAUGACAAUUUCGAUACUUCUGGUGAGAUAACCAUUCCAGAGAGCUACGCUGCGGGCAAGUAUACUAUCAGUUGGAUGUGGGAAUUCGGUCCUUUCUAUUUUGGCGCGUGUGCCGAUGUGCUCGUCGAGAAUACUAAUAGUGUUGAAACCGACCCACCUGCUACCACGGAAGCGACCGUUUCUGCUGAUGCAUCCCCCACUACUACUCCGCCACCUCCACCUCCUCCCGCUGCUGCUACUACGACCCCUACACCUGCCCGUAAGACUCCUAAGACUGCAACUUCUGGUGGUGGCAAGACGCUGUAUGAACAGUAUCAAGAUCAUGGGUGUACCGGUCUGGACAAUCCUGGAGCAUCUGAUCAUUUAGGCGGUGUUAUAUAUGCGAGAACGUGCAGGGGUCAGGAAUUGACCGAAGAGCAGCUGAUUUGA